CCUUUCUUCAUCAUGCUCCAAUAAAUCAUCACCACCUGACUACUACCUGCAUCGCCUUAUUUAACAAAACAAAUUCGCAAAAUUAAGUUUUGAGCUUUGCUUUUCAUCACAUCUUUUCGAGAAUGGGCGGCGUUGAUUUUCUAGCUGACGAGAGGAACAAGGCGGAGUUCGAUGUUAACGAGAUGAAGAUCGUCUGGGCCGGCUCUCGCCACGUCUUUGAACUCUCAGAUCGGAUUUCUCGCCUCGUCGCCAGUGAUCCGGCCUUUGGAAAGGAUAACAGACCUAUGCUAAGCAGGAAGGAAUUGUUUAAAAACACUUUGAGAAAGACGGCUCAUGCUUGGAAACGGAUCAAUGAGCUCCGUCUAAGUGAAGAAGAGGCAUCUAAGCUAAGGUUUUAUGUGGAUGAACCUGCUUUUACGGAUCUUCAUUGGGGAAUGUUUGUACCGGCUAUUAAAGGACAAGGGACAGAUGAGCAGCACCAGAAGUGGUUGCCAUUGGCAUAUAAGAUGCAAAUUAUUGGCUGCUAUGCGCAAACUGAGCUUGGUCAUGGCUCCAAUGUUCAAGGGCUUGAAACCACUGCAACAUUUGAUCCUCAGACUGAUGAGUUUGUCGUUCACAGUCCUACACUUACUUCAAGCAAAUGGUGGCCUGGUGGAUUGGGUAAAGUUUCCACGCAUGCUGUUGUUUAUGCACGACUAAUAACAGAUGGCAAGGACCAUGGAGUGCAUGGUUUUAUUGUACAGCUACGGAGCCUGGAUGAUCACUCACCACUUCCUGGCAUAAUUGUUGGUGAUAUCGGAAUGAAGUUUGGAAAUGGGGGAUAUAACACCAUGGAUAAUGGUGUUCUGAGAUUUGAUCAUGUGCGUAUCCCUAGAAAUCAAAUGUUGAUGCGGGUUUCACAAGUUACAAGGGAAGGGAAAUAUAUGCAAUCCAAUGUUCCACGACAGUUAGUUUAUGGCACUAUGGUGUAUGUUCGUCAAGUAAUUGUAUCUGAUGCUUCUAAUGCUCUAUCACGAGCAGUUUGUAUUGCCACGAGGUACAGUUGUGUUCGUAGACAAUUUGGUUCACAGAAUGGUGGUGCUGAGACCCAGGUGAUUGAUUACAAAACUCAGCAAAAUAGACUCUUCCCAUUGCUCGCUUCUGCCUAUGCUUUCAGAUUUGUUGGUGAGUGGUUGAAAUGGCUGUAUACCGAUGUGACACAAAGAUUGCAAGCUAAUGAUUUCUCGACAUUGCCUGAGGCUCAUGCAUGUACUGCGGGUUUGAAGUCUCUGACUACUUCUGCCACAGCUGAUGGGAUUGAGGAAUGUCGAAAAUUAUGUGGUGGCCAUGGAUACUUGUGUAGCAGUGGACUUCCAGAACUAUUUGCAGUAUAUGUCCCUGCUUGUACAUAUGAAGGAGACAACACUGUGCUACUUUUACAGGUUGCAAGGUUUCUCAUGAAAACUGUCUCUCAACUGGGGUCUGGAAAGAAGCCAGUUGGGACAAUAUCUUACAUGGAACAAGUGGAACAUCUGAUGAAGUGUCGUUGUGAGGUUCAAAUAGCUGAAGAUUGGUUAAAGCCUGCAGUAAUACUGGAGGCUUUUGAAGCAAGGGCCACUAGGAUGUCUGUUGCCUGUGCUCAAAACCUGAGCAAGUUCACAAAUACAGAAGAGGGCUUUUCAGAACUCUCAGCUGAUUUAGCUGAGGCAGCGGUUGCUCAUUGCCAGUUAAUUGUUGUUUCAAAGUUCAUUGAGAAAUUGCGACAAGAAAUACCUGGAAAGGGGGUGAAACAAGUGUUAGGAAUGCUCUGCAACAUUUAUGCUUUGCAUAUUCUUCACAAAAAUCUGGGUGAUUUUGUAUCCACUGGCUGCAUAACUCCCAAGCAAGCUUCACUUGCUAAUGAGCAGCUAAGAUCUUUGUAUUCCCAGGUCCGUCCUAAUGCGGUUGCCCUUGUUGAUUCAUUCAAUUAUACUGACCAUUUUCUGGGAUCGGUCCUAGGCCGGUAUGAUGGAAAUGUGUAUCCAAACCUCUACGAGGAAGCUUGGAAGGACCCUCUAAAUGACUCAGUUGUACCUGAUGGCUACCAUGAAUAUAUUCGCCCCAUUCUGAAACAACAGCUCCGAACUGCAAGACUCUGAGGACAUAAGCACUGGAACAACGGCUCCUAUUACAAAUUAAAAUAGUAUAAUCAGUAUCAUAAAAUAGUUAACUUAAAGCCAAUAAAAUUACCUAGAUUGUGAUCAGAAGAAUGGGCUCUGGUCCCUGUAUUGGAUGCCUUAAAUG